AUGAGAGCUCCUCUACCUCUCACUCUUGUCUUGCUGCUGGGAUGCAGUCAAGAGGUGGCUUGCAGUCCCAUCAUUCCUUUUGACAGCGAGAUGAAGUGCAUGCCUGGCUACGAGCCAUGCGUCGGAUUCCAGGACUCCUGGAGCCUCCUGGGAAGCAUCAACUUUGCAGACACGCAGGAUGAGAGGAGGCUGGUCAGCUCAGCGUCAGGCUGCGCCUUCUUGUCACCCGAGGACAUCGUCUUCGCCAACACCGGCUACAGGAACCUCCUGCAUUUCCGCUUCGACAACCGUUCGCAUGUCAAGCGGUGGAACUUCACCGAGGUGAUCGAAGCAGGCUGCGACAUCUCCGGCAUGGAGAGGAUCCCGCAGACCUCGAGCAUCCUCUACACGUGCGUUGACAGCGGACAAGUGAUGAAGCUGACGUUUCACAACGACUCGACCUUGAGCAAGGAGGUGGCGGCGUCGGGGAUCGAGUUCGGGCCGGUGUCGCAGGCGGACAAGACCAACUACCCCGGCCUGCUGGAGGAGGACACGACGAUCAAGCAGUGCGCGACGUGGAGCCGCCAGAUGAUGGCGGAUGUGGCGAUGUGGAACCAGGAGGCGUACGUGACCAACAGGAACUGGAACCAUCUGCUCAAGAUCAAUCUCGAGCUGGCAUGUCGUCUCCUUCCCAACUCUACUGCUCCCUCCCCUUCUCCUGCCAGUAUCCACUGCCCCCCGUACCUCGACGCUCUCAGCACCGCCACCACAGAUGGCUGCUGCUGCUCCGACUGCUUCAACAUAUCCUGCUGUCGCUGGGGCGUCAAUAAGCGCAGCUCCGACUUCAAUCAUCCCCGCGGCAUCUCAAUCAGCCAUGCGCAGGAGCUAGCGGUCCUCUCCUCCGACCCUUUCUUCGAGAUCCUCGUCAUGCCCCUCUCCUCUGCCUCCUCCUCCGCCUCCUCGGUCCUGUCAGGUCUCGGGGACGUCGUUGCCAUCCGGCAUGCAAGCGGUCGAGACGGUCUCUUCUCCCUCACCAGCAGCAGCCAGUUGCUCUACAUCCCUCGAAGGGGUGGCUCGUUGCAUCCACAGGCCAAGUCAGUAUUCCAUAUCCAAACUUCCAACGCUCGAGCUCUGUGCUUGUCCGAGGACGGAGAGAAAGUUGGCGUCAUCGGCAAUGAUCAAUGCAACUUGCUGACAGGGUGCAAGAGCUGUCACACAUGCGAGGCUGGAAGUUACGCAAAUAGUUCCCAGCAGAAGUGCAUUAGCUGUCCUUCCGGGAAGUUCUCCGAGCUCGCGGGUCAGACGGCAUGCAGUCAAUGCCCUGCUGGCACUUACAGUCAGGGCAAGGCAUCUGCCAUCGAAGGUGCCAACUCCGCCACCCUCUGCCUCGACUGCAUGGCCGGCUACUUCGCGAGCUCCGAGGGGCAGACGUCCUGCGAGCCUUGUGCGGUCAACACCUACAGCAACGGGACAGGCUUCGAGCUCUGCUUCAACUGCUCUCUCGGUCUCUUCGCCAACUCCACUGGCUCCACCACUUGCUCUGAGUGA